AUGGAUUCUCUGGGAAGGGACAGUGCUGAGUCUGGCUCUAAGGAUGCGGCGUUCCCCGGCGGUGGCCUUAAACCGAACCAGGUGGGCGAGACGGUGCUGUAUGGAAUACCCAUAGUGUCUUUGGUCAUAGACGGACAGGAGCGAUUAUGCCUGGCACAAAUCUCCAACACGCUGCUUAAAAACUACAGUUAUAACGAAAUACAUAACCGGCGCGUGGCCCUGGGAAUCACGUGCGUGCAGUGCACGCCGGUCCAGCUUGAGAUCCUGCGCAGAGCCGGGGCCAUGCCCAUCUCAUCCCGGCGCUGCGGCAUGAUCACGAAGCGCGAGGCCGAGCGCCUGUGCAAGUCCUUCCUGGGGGCGCACUCUCCUCCGAAACUCCCAGAAAACUUUGCGUUUGACGUGUCCCACGAGUGCGCUUGGGGCAGCAGGGGCAGUUUUAUCCCCGCGCGGUACAACAGCUCCAGAGCCAAGUGCAUCAAGUGCUGCUACUGUAACAUGUACUUCUCCCCAAACAAGUUCAUCUUCCACUCUCACCGCACGCCCGACGCCAAGUAUACGCAGCCCGACGCGGCCAACUUCAACUCAUGGCGCAGACAUCUAAAGCUGACCGACAAGAACUCUCCCACGGACGUAGCACACGCUUGGGAGGACGUCAAGGCCAUGUUUAAUGGAGGCAGCAGGAAAAGAACCUUACCGUCCAGCUGCUCCGAGGCCCCGUUAAAGCCCGCGCCCCGGGGAUCGCCGGAGACUCCCGCUAAGAUCUUAAGCUGCGAAGAAAACAGAGGAGGCACGAGCGCACGGAGCUAUCCCGUCAUCCCCGUGCCCAGCAAAGGUUUCGGGGUGUUACAGAAGAUCCCCCCCCCGCUCUUCCCGUCGCCUUAUGGUUUUCCCACGUUUGGCCUGUGCCCCAAGAAGGACGAGGGCCUGGAGCGGCCCGGCCUCCCCGGGGUCCUGUGGCACGGGGCAUCCAAGGACACUUAUCCGCCGUUUCCUAUGUUCUGGCCCCUGCCGCCUUACCCCCCGCCCCACGGACACCCCCACGGACACGUGGACGUAGACGUCGACGUGGAGCACUGCAGUGACCGUAGCACGAACACGUCCAAGGACAGUGCGCUUAUUGAAAAUGACAGGUGCUCGAGCACGCAAUCUUUGCGCAACGAGGACGAAAAGUCCGCAGACGAGGCCAGACCCACUGAGGGCUCCGUGACCUCGCUCGUGCCCCGGAAACUCAGCUACGUGUCAGCAUUCCGGCCUGUGAUCAAAGACACAGACUGCAUCGCGAGACUCUACGGGCCCCGGGGCGCGUGCCGUCCGGGAUACAUGUCCCCCGACUUUUUGAGCGAGAGCUCGAGCUUCAGAUCCGCGUCCCCGUGCGUGGACAGUGAAGGUGAGGCUGAUGUGGACGUGGAGACGCACAAAGGAGCAGAGCACGAGGAACCCAUGCUCGUACCAUCGGGGUGUCCUAACACGCGCCCGGGCUCACGCGCCCCCGAACACAAGCUCGACCUCAUUCCGCACGAGGCCCCGGGAGCGGAGGCCCCGGGAACAGAGGCCCACAGGAACUUACCCCCGCAGAGUCACGCGCUCGCAGCAUCCUUCACGGAGGUUUACCCCGCAGAGCGCGCGGAGACGCAGCAGAGGAGCGGACAGUAUCAGGCGAAAGAAUACAGCCCCGCGCUGCUCUGCAGUGCGCACGAUGAAGGCGUGCGCAAAGAGGAGCCGUCCUCCACGGUGGAGGAGAUAGACUCCAAAUGUUUCCAUGACCACAGCGGAGACGAGACGCAGCGCGAGCGGGACGAAGGAGAAGACCCGGACAGAGCAGGGCCCGCACAAAGAGACUUACAGAGUCUGGCAAAAGAGGAGCUACAGAAGCAACUGCUAGAGCAGGUGGAACUGAGGAAGAAGCUGGAACGGGAGUUUCAGAAUCUGAAAGAAAACUUCCAGGAUCAGAUGAAGAGGGAGCUGUCGUAUCGAGAGGAGAUGGUUCAACAGCUGCACAUCGUCAGAGAAGCUCACGACGCCUUGCAUCAUUUCUCGUGUAAGAUGUUGACUCCACGUCACUGUGCUGGCUCCUGCACGUUCAAGUCUCCUUUGAUGCCGCCAUGA